UAUUAACUAUAGCUGAAUUCAUGUUUCAGAUAGAAUGGCAGAAAUGAACAAAAAUGAAUUAGAUGUCAAGUACUGUAGUAAGAUAGCCCCUACUGUAGAAAAUACAUGUUUUGUGAAUAUACCUGAAGAUGAAAUAAAACUGGAAAAUACAGAAAUACCAGGAGAAAUAUUGGAUCCUCUGAAAUCUGAACCAAAGAGAAUCAAGAAGAGUCAAGACAGAUAUCCAUGUUCUAAAUGUGAAUAUUUUGCAACAACAGCAAGGAAUCUGAAAAGACAUGUUGAAAAUAGACAUAUUAAAGAGAUGAGAUUACCUUGUCCUAAAUGUGAGUUUAUCGUAACUUCGGCAAAUUAUCUGAAAAAGCACAUAGAAAUCAAACAUAAGGAGGUGAAAUAUCCUUGUCCUGAAUGUGAGUUUGCUGCAACUACAGCAAGUCACUUGAAGUUUCAUGUUGAAAGUAAACACAAAGGAGUGAGAUAUCCAUGUUCUCAUUGUGAUUUUUCUGCAAGUUCAGCAAAUGCUCUGAAGAGACAUAUUGAAAGUAAGCAUAUAGGAGUGAGAUAUCUUUGCCCCAAAUGUGAAUUUGCUGCAACUAGAGCAGAUGAACUGAAGAAACAUAUUAAAAGUAGACACGAAGGCGUAAGAUAUCCUUGUUCUCAAUGUCAGUUUGUUGCAACUAGAGCAGAUAGCCUGAAGAUACACGUUAAAAAUAAGCACGAAGGUGUGAGAUAUCCUUGCUCUCAAUGUGAAUUUGCUUCAACUCGACCAGGUUGCCUUAAAAUUCAUAUUGAAAGGAUACACGAAGGAGUCAGAUAUCCUUGUUCUCAGUGUGAGUAUUUGGCAACUACAGCAAGAAAUUUAAAGAUUCAUGUUGAAAUUAAACAUGAAGGAGUGAGAUAUCCUUGUCCUGAAUGUGAGUUUGCUGCAACCAGAGCAGGUGAUUUGAAGAAACACAUUAGAAAUAUACACGAAGGGACGAGAUAUCCAUGUUCUUAUUGUGAGUAUGCUGCAACUGCAGCAGGCGCUCUAAAAACUCACGUAGAAAAGAGACAUAAAGGGGUAAGAUAUCCUUGUCUCAAUUGUGAAUAUUUUGCAACUACGGCUCAUAGUCUAAAGAGACAUGUUAUAAGUAAGCAUAAAGAAGUAAAAUAUCCUUGAGAAUGGUUAAUGUUGGCAAUAGAAAUGAAUUCAAUCAUUCAUUCUUUAAAAAAAUGUCCACAAUGUACACUUUGCUAAAAUCUGGUUUUUCUACAAACUUGUGAUUAUAUAAAUGUAUUUAACAAAUGAAAAUAAAGUUAAUUUCCUUUUAUUAAA